AUGGUUAGCUACUGUACACUGAACUACACUGUAAAUCAUGAUAGUGAUGUAGAAUGAGGGUUGUGUAAUGUUGUGGUAUACGUUUUCAGUAGCCUGAGUAUUACUGAAAUGCGUUUGUUUAUAGCUAGCUCGCAGCGCAGACGCCAGUAGUAAUGACUUUAGAUAACUAGCAAUAGCUUAAACUCUACAAGGAAGCAAACUAACGGCAGCUAGCGUUUAAAAGCCCAGACUGAAAUACUUCCACGCUUUCAAACAAGGCCUUGUUAAAGAUGUCCGAUUCGAGACGGAGGGCCAGCAGAGGCAGUCAGGAGGAGGCUUCUGGUCAUGGUAAUGGAGUGGGUGGACGCGGUAGACCAGAAAGAGCAGCAGACACGGGUGAGGAUGAUGAAGCAGCAGGUCCAUCAGGCAUCCACGAGGAAGACGACGACCCUGCCAGGCGGAGGGAGAUCAGAAGCCAGUACAGGGAUCUCAUCAACUCUGUUCAGCAAAACCGUGAGGACAUGCUGAAUCCUGCCAACAAUAAACUGUGUGAUGUGUUAGAGGAGGCCAACAAACUGUUUGCUAAUGUCAGGCAGGCUCGAGAGGCUGCACUGGAUGCACAGCUGCUUGUCCUAGCCACAGACCUGGGGAGAGAAAAGGCCAGCCAGCUGCAUGCUGAGGGUUCAGCUUUUGACCCGUCUGCAUUUGCAGAGCAUUUGUUGUCCUUCAUGGGUCUCAAUCGCUUAGAAGAGGAGGAGGAUGGUGAUGCCGGUUUGGAUGGGUAUAUGCCUCCAGAUGCCUGGCAGCGGCUUUCCAAAAGAGCACAAUAUUGCUUCAAAACAGCUCCUUCAUUCCACUACAUGUUCGGCUCAUUUUUGGCUGAACCACCACCACCACGGCAGCGGGUUGAGAGACAAAGGAAAGCUCCCAGCAAAGAAGCAAAAAGAAUCAUGCCCACUCAGCUAAAGAAAAUGGAAGAGUCACAUCAGGAAGCUACAGAGAAAGAGGUGGAGAGGAUUUUGGGGUGCCUUCAGCGUUACUUUGCUGAUGAUCCACAGUCCCCGAUAUUGUAUUACGAGUUUGUUGUUGACCCUAGCUCCUUUUCCCGGACAGUGGAGAACAUUUUCCACACCUCGUUUCUUAUCAGGGACGGCCUGGCAAGGAUUUAUCUAAACAAUAACAAACUUCCUUGUAUAGCUCCAGUUGAGGAGGGGGAGUUAGAGCCCGGAGGUGCCAACACCCGUCAUCAGUGUGUCAUCUCAAUCAGUCCAGCUAGCUGGAGGGAGAUCAUUGAGGCCUUUGAUAUUAAGGAGGCUUUGAUUCCCACCCCAAAAGUAUUGUCACAAGAAGGCUGAUUUUAAAAAAAAAAAAAAGAAAAGAAAAGAAAGGAAAAAAACACAGAAAUUUGUUCAUAUUGUUUUCAUGACUUCACUUUUUAGAAAAGGAUUUUAGUUUUAUUCUCAAUUUUUAAAUAUAUGAUGUAUGUAAAAUGCACUGAGGGUCAGAUUAUAUAAACAAUCCAGCUUUAUAAUGUAAGAAAAGUAUAUGCUACAAUGUUAUUAUUGUAAAAUAAAGUUUACGUGGUCUUUACAACCACAACCAUGAUAAUUUUUAUGCAUGUAUAACUGGACACAUAGAUUCUAUUGAAUGGCUUCAUCGGUAUCACUUACAGGAUUAGAAAUACUUCUGUACGGUUUGUAUACCUACUGUACUUGUCCACAAUCUGUGAUUAAGUGCUGCCACCUAGUGGAGAAGAACUCUAUCACAGUUAGACUACUAAUAAAUAUAUAGUAUUCAUUAGUAUAGACAGUAUUCAGACCCCUUCGCUCUUUGUACACUUUAUUGUAAUAUAGUUUUAAUUUAAAAUUAAAUUAAAUUUACCUUUUUACCCAUUUAAAUUAAAUGGAUAACAUAAUGAAGUGUGCAAAAACUGAAAAGGUGUGAAUACUCUUUUGAAGCCACUGUACAAUAUGCAGUCUAGUUUGAGAAUACUCCUUCUAAUUUGUCAGUGGUCAGUCGUUCUGCUUUCUAACUUGUGUGUAUGGUGAGAACAGUAAAAGUGGGCCAGUUUCAUCAUUCCAAGUCUCCAAGCAUCUGCAUAAGCUUUGGUGCAUUCCUGCUGUAUGAAGGAAAAAAAACCA